CCCGUCGUAGAACCAAAAUGGCCGCUGUUGUAUUUUGACGUAUAAUAGCUAGCUACUUUUCUUUUUGUUGUCUUGUUGGUAGAAAACUAGCAAACGACAGACAUUUUGGAGAAACUGUAUUUUGCCAACCCCUGUUUAAUGGUGUCCCAGUUUUGAUCUUGAGGACAAUCAAGAUUGACACGUAUUUGUUGAACGAGUUAGACUAUGCAUAUUCAGUUCUAAUAUAAGCUAGCUAGCUGGCUCUGGCUGGCACAUUAAAGCAAUUGAAAGUGAAAUAGCUAGCUAACUUAGCUGUGAUGAUGGAGGAGUUGAGCGCAGAUGAGAUUCGCAGAAGGCGGCUGGCACGACUGGCAGGAGGACAGACGUCACAACCCAGCACCCCUCUCAGCACACCCCUAACAUCCCCACAGAGAGAGACUCCACCUGGACCCCUCCCUGGACCCUCAGGUGCCGCACCCCAACCUGUGCCACCAGCUGCCUCUCAAUCAUUGGGGCUUAAUGUCCACAGUGGUACCCCUGCCACAUCCCCCAUGGGAACCUCUGGGGUGGCAUACGGCAGUCAGAGCAGCGAAGGUGUGAGCUCCCUCUCCAGCUCUCCCUCCAACAGCCUUGAGACUCAGUCCCAGAGUUUGUCCCGAUCACAGAGCAUGGACAUUGACCCUGCCUCCUGUGAAAAGAGCAUGUCCCAGGUGGAUGUGGACUCAGGGAUAGAGAACAUGGAGGUAGAGGACAGUGACCGCAGGGAGAAGAGGAACUUGACUGAAAAGGAAACCUCUGCAAACUCUGAUGUGUCUGAAGAACAAGCUCUACAACUCAUCUGUAAGAUCCUCCGCGUAUCGUGGAAGGAGCAAGACAGAGAUGUUAUCUUUCUCCCUUCGUUGGCUGCAGAGUUUCACCAGAACCCUAAAGAUGUAUACUCUGACUUCAAAGACCUCAUCGGCCAGAUCCUAAUGGAAGUCUUAAUGAUGUCAUCCCAGUCACGUGUCCACAACCCCUUUGCCAGCUUGACCGCCACCUCACAGCCAAUUGCAGCUGCAAAAUCCCCCGACCAUCGUCUGACACUGGUGCAGCCCUCCAGCCAAGGUGGCAGCCCAAUGGGCCCUGGUGCUGGAUCCUUUGGAGCCAGCUCUCUUUCCAGUCUGUAUGGGUGUGGUAGUCCUCACCCAAUGGCUUUGGAUGCAGCCAAGAAGACUUGCUCAUCUCCCUCCACCCCCACUCCAUCCAUUGUACCAUCUACGCCUUCUACUCCACAGUUUGUCGUUCCUCCCAGUCCACCUGCCACUGCCCCUCCGAGGCACUCCCUCAACCCUCCAUCUGCCCCCAUGCCCAUCUCCCAGCGCUAUCGACCAUAUUCUGUCACCACUCCCUGGGGAGCUCCUUCCCCACUGAGCCCAGGUCACAGAGGAUUUAGUUUUCCUGGACCUUCUCGUAGCCCACCUGGGCCCUCUGUUCCUCCCAACACACCAAUUCCUGUCACACCACUUAGCCCUCAGUCCCUCUCCUUAAGCUCACCAAGGGCUCGCAACCACUUCUCCUCUACAGCCCCUCCUGUUAUGCCUCCUUCUCCCAGAUUGAAUACUCAACAGGCUGCGUUUGCUGCCAGGAUCCCACCUUCUAGCCCCUUGUCGUUCCUGUUUUUUGCCCUUUCUGACAUGUCUCAGGACAGCAGUGAUGAAGAUUCUGGGGAGGAGGAGGAUUUUGCACAGGUUCAGUUUGGGUGCAGUCUUGGUGCAUGUGGAGGAGGGAUGUCCUGUGAUUCAGCCAGUGAUGGCUUCACCAUUGAAGCAUGCAAAGAGACAGAGAUGCUGAACUACCUCAUUGAGCGUUUUGACAGUGUUGGCAUGGAGGAGAGGAAAGCUCCCAAGAUGUGUAGCCAACCAAAUGUCAGCCAGCUUCUCAGUAACAUUCGCUCUCAGUGUAUCUCCCAUGUUGCCCUGGUCCUACAGGGCACCCUGACCCAGCCCCGGAGUCCCCUCCAACAGUCUCUGCUGGUACCUUAUAUGCUGUGUCGGAACCUUCCAUAUGGCUUUAUUCAGGAGCUGGUGCGAAUUACCCAUCAGGAGGAAGAAAUGUUCAGACAGAUCUUCAUUCCGAUCCUUCAUGGGCUGGCGCUAGCAGUGAAAGAAUGUUCCUUUGACAGUGACAAUUUUAAAUUCCCCCUCAUGGCAUUAGCUGAGCUCUGUGAAAUUAAGUUUGGAAAGACUCACCCUGUGUGCAAUUUGGCGACGUCGCUGCCUCUAUGGUGUCCCAAACCUCUGAGCCCUGGUUGCGGCAGAGAGAUCCAGAGACUGUCCUACCUUGGAGCAUACUUUAACCUCUCUGUGUUUGCUGAAGAUGAUACCAAAGUAGGAGACAAGUAUUUCUCUGGUCCAGCCAUCACCAUGGAGAACACGCGAGUUGUCAGCCAGUCAUUGCAGCACUACCUGGAAUCAGCAAGGGGCGACAUGUUCAAAAUUCUCCACAACAUCCUGCUAAACGGAGAAACACGCGAGUUGGCUCUUAAUUACAUGGCAGCUCUUGUCAACUGCAAUGGGAAGAAAGCCCAGAUGCAGACUGAUGACAAGCUGGUGUCCACAGACGGCUUCAUGCUCAACUUUUUAUGGGUGCUGCAACAGUUGAGCAUGAAGAUUAAGCUGGAGACGGUUGACCCCUACUACAUUUUCCACCCACGGUGUCGCCUUGCUGUCACCUUGGAGGAGACUCGUCUCAAAGCCACUAUGGAGGAGCUCAAAAACUGGCUGUUUGAACUGCAUGAAGAUCCCACAAAGUUCUCAGAACCCAAGUUUCCCACUGAGUGCUUCUUCUUAACGCUUCACACCCACCAUUUGUCAAUUCUGCCUGGCUGCCGGCGCUACAUCCGCAGAUUGCGUGCCAUCCGCGAAUUGAACAGGACUGUAGAGGAACUCAAAAACAGUGAGAGCCAAUGGAAAGAUUCUCCCUUGGCUAGUCGGCAUAGAGAGAUGCUCAAACGAUGCAAAACCCAGCUCAAAAAACUGGUGCGAGCAAAGGCUUGCGCUGACGUGGGCCUUCUGGAUGAGAACCUGCUCCGCAGAUGUCUGCAGUUUUACAGCACAGUCAUUCAGCUCAUUCUCCGCAUGGUGGACCCUGCCUACCCCAACAUCACCCUUCCAUUGAACCCUGAGAUUCCCAAAAGCUUUGCUGCUUUACCUGAGUUUUACAUUGAAGAUGUGGCAGAGUUUCUGCUUUUUGUUGUGCAGUACUCUCCACAGGUUUUAUAUGAGCCGUGUGUCCAGGACAUUGUCACCUUCUUGGUGGUGUUCAUCUGCAGUCAGAACUACAUCAGGAACCCCUACCUUAUCGCCAAGUUGGUGGAGGUGCUGUUCGUCACCAACCCUGCUGUACAGCCUCGUACUCAGCGAUUCUCUGAAAUGAUGGAGAACCACCCGCUCUCCAUCAAGCAGCUUGUCCCUGCUCUCAUGAAGUUUUAUACUGAUGUGGAGCACACUGGUGCUACCAGCGAGUUCUAUGAUAAGUUCACUAUACGGUACCAUAUCAGCACUAUCUUCAAGAGUCUCUGGCAGAACAUUGCACAUCAUGGCACCUUCAUGGAGGAGUUCAACUCUGGCAAGCAGUUUGUCCGCUACAUCAACAUGCUGAUUAAUGACACCACCUUCUUGCUAGAUGAGAGCCUCGAAUCCCUGAAGCGUAUCCACGAGGUUCAAGAGGAGAUGAAAAACAAGGAGCAGUGGGAGCAGCUGCCGAGGGAGCAGCAGCAGAGCCGCCAGUCCCAGCUGACUCAGGAUGAGCGGGUCUCUCGCUCCUAUCUGGCCCUGGCUACAGAAACAGUUGAAAUGUUCCACAUCCUCACCAAGCAGGUUCAGAAGCCUUUCCUCAGGCCCGAGCUGGGGCCUCGUUUAGCUGCCAUGCUGAACUUUAACCUUCAGCAGCUAUGUGGUCCCAAGUGUCGGGACCUGAAGGUGGAGAAUCCAGAGAAGUAUGGCUUUGAGCCCAAGAAACUCCUAGACCAGCUGACUGACAUCUACCUGCAGUUAGACUGUGCCCGUUUUGCUAAAGCAAUUGCAGAUGAUCAGCGGUCAUAUAGCCGAGAACUCUUUGAAGAGGUGAUCUCAAAGAUGAGGAAAGCUGGGAUCAAGUCCUCUAUUGCCAUUGAAAAAUUCAAGCUGCUAUUGGAGAAGGUGGAAGAAAUAGUCGCCAAGAACUCCCAAUCUGAAAUGGACUACAGCGAUGCACCUGAUGAGUUCAAAGACCCUCUGAUGGACACACUGAUGACUGACCCUGUGAUGCUGCCUUCGGGGAACAUCAUGGACAGAUCCAUCAUCUUACGCCACCUGCUCAAUUCUCCCACUGACCCCUUCAACAGACAGCCACUGACAGAAAGCAUGCUGGAGUCAGUGCCUGAACUAAAGGAGCGAAUCCAUGCUUGGAUGAGGCAGAAACAAGGCGGGCGGCCUUUUUAAGCAUCAUGUCGCAGACAUCUGGCCUGCUAAUCAUCAUGAAGGGAUCUGUCCAAAUCACCUGAAUUCGGUGUCACUACUACCAAUAAGAACUAAAAUGUUCUAAAUGGGGGAGGAGAAAAAAGGAGACAUGAUUGAUUUUUAUUUGCAUUUACCCUUUUUUGUCUCAAACCAUUAUGGUGGUUCAAAAAGCAAAACAUAAUAAAGUGAAGACUUUUAAGUUUU